AUGUUCACUUUUCAUAAUAAAAGAUUAGCUAGCUACUCUUAAAUAUUAACAAAAAACAAAUAUUCUAAUAUGUAAAAGAAUAAUUAGUAAAAUAAGGUAGAUCUAAUGGAAUAAAUCAGCUAAAAUCAAUAGCAACACGAAAUGGUAAAGUUGAAGCUACUUCAGCAUAUCCAAAAUAGAUAGAAAAUUAGAUAGAUGUAUGCAGAUAAGGGUAUUUAAAUGCUUCAAAAACAAGAGUUGCUUAUUUCUGACAUUAAUGAACCUACAUUGAGUAAAGCCUAAAAUAUGGUUUACAAAGAUAUGAAGAGCGAGUUAUUGCAAAAAGGAUAUGAUGAAUUUAGAUUUUUAGGGUUAGGAGCUCAUGGAUUAGUUGUAUUAGCAAAGGAAAAAUCAACUAACAAGAGGUAUGCUAUCAAAGGAAUUCCUAUUAAAGAUUCAAAGGACAAUGUUGAUCAAGUUAUUUUAGGUUAAGUUUAGUAAGAAAUCUAAAUGCUCAAUUAAUGCAAGGGCUCUCCUUAUGUAGCCAAUCUUCUACACAAGAUAGAAGGAAAUGAUUAUAUCUUCUUAGUCCUUACCGAAUGUUUAGGAACAUUGAGUGAUAUUAUUAAGAAUACCUAAAAUUAAAGAUUGAAUGAGUUAUCUGCUAUUAAAUACACAAAGGAUAUUGCAGAGGGUCUUUACUUUAUUCAUUCUAAGAAAUGCUUAGUUAAUGAUCUGAAGAUGGAUAAUAUCCUAAUUGAUUACAAUGGAAACGCAGUUGUUUCUGAUUUUGGAUUUGCAGAUAAUCUCACUUAAUAAUCUGGAUAUGCUUUUGAUAAUUAUAAAGGAAAUGUUAUAUUCCAAGCUCCAGAAUGUUAUGAUCCCUCAAAAUUUGAUAUUUACUCUUAGGAAUACAUGAACUUAGGAGUACCUGUACAGUAAAAUCCAAGUCAAAGAAGUGAAGCAUGUUCUUUAGGUUAUUUGUUAUAUACAAUGAUUUCAGGAUUUUAAGCGAAUUUAGUUUUUAGCAAGCACCAACCUUUGCAAUAUAAUGCAGACUUCUAAAACCUUGCUUAUGAGAAAUAGCUUCGAUACAUAAUUGAUGGAUUGACAAAAUUCAUUCCAAGAGAGAGGUUAAAGGUUAAAGAAGCUUUAAUAGUAUUAAAAGGAAUUGUUUCUUUUGAAUUUGAUUUAGAAAGCAAAUUUAUUGAAGUUAUGGAUGAUGCAGAAGCUCAGUAAUACAUCAGAUAGUUUAGAUAAGACAUUGAAUAUGUUCAGGGUUUCGAGAAUAAAUUUUACCCAAUCAUCAAGUUCUUAAUAGGUUUUCUAGAAAUAGCCAGUAUAAGGUCACCAAGAUUAAAUCUAGAAUCAAAAAAUAGAAAAAAAAUCAGACGUUCAGAAUAAUUAGCAAAAUCAAGAGCAAAUAAAGAUUGA